AUGGUGACCGCAAAGUGGCAGAUUGGGGACUGGGUUGCAAUGCGAAUGCAACAGCUGGGGGUAGAAGAUUACUUUGUCGUUCCUGGCGACUUCAAUCUGGACUUUCUGGAUCAGCUGCUCCGAUACCCCCAACUUCGCAUGAUCAACUGCUGCAACGAGCUGAAUGCCGGGUACGCCGCAGAUGGCUAUGCGCGCACCAGUGCCUCAGGGAUCGCGGUCGUGGUCGUCACCUACAUGGUGGGCAGUCUCUCCCUGCUGAAUGCGAUCGCAGGCGCCUACUCCGCGGGGCUCCGGGUGAUUGUCCUCUGCGGAGGACCCCCGAGUACCGUCUACAGCAGCCCGACAAUUGUCCAUCACUCCUUGGGACUAGCCGACAAGGGACAAUCGCUCCGGAUCUAUGAGCAGGUGACUUGCCAGGCCAUCCGGAUUGGUUCGGACUGCCCGUGGGAGGAAAUUGAUCGGACCUUGGACGAUUGCCUUCGCCAUCGCCGGCCCGUGUACAUCGAGGUGCCCGUCGACAUCGCCAAUCUUCGCUUCGACAAACCGGUCUCUCCGGAAAGGUGCUUAGCGAACCUCCGCAGCAUCAAACCUGAAGACUCACUGGAGAACGCCACUACUGCAGGGGCAAUCGAAGCAAUUCAGGACUGUUGGUCUUCCGCCAAGUGUCCAGUCAUCAUCCUCGGUGGCGGCAUACGGUCUGUUUUGUCGGUGCAGAUGAUCGAUCGAUUGGUGAGCACCCUCGGCUGCGCCGCGUUCUAUCUGCUGGACGGCAAGUCCUUGAUAUCGGAGUCACAUCCACAAUGUGGCGGACUGUUCUGGACGAUUGUCUCCGAUCCAGGCGUGGAGGACACCGUCGUCCGGGAUGCGGACCUCUGGGUGACCAUUGGGUGCCAAUGGAAUGAUCUGCACACGCUGAAAUCCGUGGAUGUCUGUCAAGAGGCCGGUCGCAUUCUUGCCAUCGAGCGGACAGUUGUCCGAACGCCGCACGGGCGUGUCAUUCCCAACACCCCCAUCGCAGGACUUGUUGAGGGCCUGGUCGCGUCGAGCAGCAUUUAUCAAAAGCCGGCUUCGAUGACCUGUCUUCAAAGGAACCGUAUGCCCUCGCCAGCUUCCUCCGUCAGCAGCAAGAGCAUCACCGUCACAAACAGUCAUGUGCCGUUGCCUUUGACAGUGGACGAUAUCGUUGCGGGAAUCACAUCGGUCGUCACCAGUCAAGACACCGUAUUUGCUGAUGCAGGCGAGAGUUGGUUCACCGCCAGCCAGGUGCGUCUGCCCUCCGGUGCAGACUUCCAAACCCAGCUCCUCUACUCUUCCACCGGCUGGUCUCUGCCCGCGGCGAUGGGAUGUCAACUCGCGAAGAAGAAGGAAACCCACGGUCGCACGAUCCUCGUCAUCGGCGAUGGCAGUAUGCAAAUGACCGCGCAGGAGAUCAGUACGAUGAUCCGAUACCGCACCCCGGCUGUUAUCUUCGUCAUCAACAACUACGGUUAUCAGAUUGAGGAAGCCAUUCACUGCGGCCCCUAUAACCAAAUUGGAGGGUGGGAUUACACCGCGUUUGCCGAGUCCUUGCAGGAUAUCAACAGCAAUAACUCGAAGAACAUCGACGGACCAUUCCGUCUGGUUACCGCCAAGGUCAAGACCCAGGACGAUCUCACCACCGCCCUCGCUCAGCUGCGCCGUGCACAUCAAGAACUGGUUCUGGUGGAAUGCUGUGUGGACCCGACGCGAGCCAGUGCGCCGAUGAAAAAGUUUGGCGCGAAAUUGGUGACCCGUGCGGGUCCGCAAGGAAUCGCGGUCCCAGGAGAGCGGGACGCAGGAUCCACUGUCUCUCUAUGA